AUGCCUGCUAAAGAAAGGGACAAAGGCAAAACACAAACAAACGAAGAGGGAAAUAGAUUAGAUACAGAAAAUACACGAACAGGAGAACGGGGAACACUGGAAAUACACGAUCUAUCGUUUGAUCUAAGUAAACAUAAUGAAAACUGCCUCAAAGUUGCAUUUGUGUUCAUGAGUACAUGUGUUGUAGCAGCUACACUCGUUGUAUUCUUUGAUGGUUUGUUUCUCAUUGUGGACGAUGUUACGACAAACAGUAAAUGUCCGUUGGAUGGCGAGAUGGAUUGUUACAGUAGGAACAACACGUAUUUUUUUUGUAAUUCCUCUGAUACACAAAUUGAUGCCUCGUUAGGCAGCCUAACAUGUUAUCGAUGGCUCAAAGAUGGUACUUCAACGGUUGAUAUACUGAAUCAAGUUGGCCUCUGCGCUGGUCUCAUUCAAGCCUUCGGAUGGUUGGUUAAUCUGUUUCUACGUUUCCUAUUUUAUGUAUUUGAGGCACGAAAACCUGUCAUAGAUCCAUUUAUCGAGAACUCUAAGUGGUGGUUAACAUUCAAACGUAAAUAUAAACAUCCCAGAUUAUUGAUUUGCUGGAAUAUUAAUUCAGUUAUCUUUGCCAUCGUCGGCUUCCCGACUGUGCUAUUCAUUCCAAUAUUUGCUGAGUAUGUUACAGCAAUAACUUUAUCCAUUUUACUAGCUGCAUUUUUUAUUUCUGCCGUGGCACUUAUUAUAUUUCUUGCUGGUACGUUUGCAACUGCUCUCUCCACGUCUAGUGUGUCACCCUAG